GUUCCGUGCGCGCCUUCGCCCGCCGAGGGCCCCUCCGAGCCGCUGCCGCGCGGGUGUGGGUUGCUGUGCCGGGAGAAGCGGGGCCGCCAGCAUGGCGAUGGAGAGCGGGACCCCCCUGCCCGUGGAGCUCCCCAACAAGACCCUCGUCAACAUCCACAUCCACCAGGAGUCCUCCCUGGCGUACCUGUGCCAGGCCGUGGGGCGCUACUGGGCCCGGCAGCAGGAAGCGGCUGCCAAGGACACGCAGCCGGCGGCCGCGGCCCCCACCCCCUCUGCCCGACGCUGCUGCGGGGGGGGAGCACAGCAUGCCAGGGGGGGUCCAGAUCCUGCUGGGGGUCGUGUGCAUCAGCCUUGGCGUGGUGGUCGACUAUGAGCGUGCGUUCUACGCCUACUUCUGGGCAGGAGCCCCUUACUGGAUGGGCAGCCUGUUCAUCCUGUCUGGCGUCUUCACUGUGGUGGGCAACAGACGUGGCGGCUGCUGGAUCCCCGUGGCCACCAUCCUCAACCUGGCCAGCGUCAUCGCGGCCAGCGUGGCCCUGACGUACGGCAUCGCCCGGAUUCCCAACCUGCAGCCCUUUUACGAUUACAAGGUGGAGAUGUGCAGGAGGCGGGUGGACCCGCUGAGGACCACCAGCAGCCCCGGCAGCAGCGACUACGACUGGGAGGACGAGCAGUGCAAGGAGCUGCUGUGGCACCUCCUGGCCGUGGCCUUCUCCGUGCGGGUCCUCCUGCUCAUCUUCUCCUGCAUCGCCCUCGGGGUUGCCCUCUGCUGCUUUGCCUACGGGAUCCGAGUCAUGUGCCUGAAGGCACGCGGUGGUGCCUACACCAAGCUCCAGGACCAGGAGGUGCCUCUACCCUAUGAGGACCCAGGCCGGCCCGAGGCCCUCCCCUGAGCAGGCGGCCCGUGCCCCAAGGAAGGAGAGGCCACCCCGGCCACGUCCGGCCCCGCUCCUGCCGCGAAAGCCACCUGCGCUUGCCCGUGCUCCACCUGCUGAGGCAGCCCUGCAGCCCCUCCUGGACGGAAAACACAUUGCUUGCCGGAAAACGCAUUGCUUGCCGGAAAACGCUUUGCUGCCCAAUAAAGGUUCUGUGGUUGCCCUGCCGGCUCA